AUGAAGCCUGUACCAACGGGUCAGAGGUCUAGCCUGUCAGAGGUCUACCCUGUACCAACGGGUCAGAGGUCUACCCUGUACCAACGGGUCAGAGGUCUACCCUGUACCAACGGGUCAGAGGUCUACCCUGUACCAACGGGUCAGAGGUCUACCCUGUACCAACGGGUCAGAGGUCUACCCUGUACCAACGGGUCAGAGGUCUACCCUGUACUAACGGGUCAGAGGUCUAGCCUGUACCAACGGGUCAGAGGUCUAGCCUGUACCAACGGGUCAGAGGUCUACACUGUACCAACGGGUCAGAGGUCUACCCUGUACCAACGGGUCAGAGGUCUACCCUGUACCAACGGGUCAGAGGUCUACCCUGUACCAACGGGUCAGAGGUCUAGCCUGUACCAACGGGUCAGAGGUCUACCCUGUACCAACGGGUCAGAGGUCUACCCUAUACCAGUGGGUCAGAGGUCUAGCCUGUACCAGUGGGUCAGAGGUCUACCCUGUACCAGUGGGUCAGAGGUCUACCCUGUACCAACGGGUCAGAGGUCUACCCUGUACCAACGGGUCAGACGUCUACCCUGUACCAACGGGUCAGAGGUCUACCCUGUACCAGCGGGUCAGAGGUCUACCCUGUACCAACGGGUCAGAGGUCUAGCCUGUACCAACGGGUCAGAGAUCUGGCCUGUACCAGUGGGUCAGAGGUCUACCCUUUACCAGUGGGUCAGAGGUCUAACCUGUUCCAGUGUGUCAGAGGUCUAGCCUGUCAGAGGUCUACCCUGUACCAGUGGGUCAGAGGUCUACCCUGUACCAGUGUGUCAGAGGUCUACCCUGUACCAGUGGGUCAGAGGUCUACCCUGUACCAACGGGUCAGAGGUCUAGCCUGUUAGAGGUCUAACCUGUACCAGUGGGUCAGAGGUCUAACCUGUUCCAGUGUGUCAGAGGUCUAGCCUGUCAGAGGUCUUCCCUGUACCAGUGGGUCAGAGGUCUACCCUGUACCAGUGUGUCAGAGGGCUACCCUGUACCAGUGGGUCAGAGGUCUACCCUGUACCAGUGGGUCAGAGGUCUAGCCUGUCAGAGGUCUUCCCUGUACCAGUGGGUCAGAGGUCUACCCUGUACCAGUGGGUCAGAUGUCUAACCUGUACCAGUGGGUCAGAGGUCUACCCUGUACCAGUGGGUCAGAGGUCUACCCUGUACCAGUGGGUCAGAGGUCUACCCUGUACCAGUGGGUCAGAGGUCUACCCUGUACCAGUGGGUCAGAGGUCUACCCUGUACCAGUGGGUCAUAGGUCUACCCUGUACCAGUGGGUCAGAGGUCUACCCUGUACCAGUGGGUCAGAGGUCUACCCUGUACCAGUGGGUCAGAGGUCUACCCUGUACCAGUGGGUCAGAGGUCUACCCUGUACCAGUGGGUCAUAGGUCUACCCUGUACCAGUGGGUCAUAGGUCUACCCUGUACCAGUGGGUCAGAGGUCUACCCUGUACCAGUGGGUUCUACACAUGUUGGGUCUAGCUAAUUUCCUCACAGUUUGUCUUGUUCCAUUGAUUGAAUCAGAAAACCCAAAUAGUCAUGGAUGGUGGUGGUGCAUCACUGAAAUCUCACAUACAGUCUGGUAGAAUGUAAAUGAUGAUUAUCAUACUUUUAUUAUAUUGGAUUGCAGUGUGUGGGCCUAUUGAGCAGGUUAUGGUUGUCUCCUUCCCAGUUUACAAUAUCAAGGGCACUACACUGUAUAGGACAUAAAAGACCCUUACCUACGAGGAGAAGUGUUCAUAUGGCCUUUUGAAUGUAGCCAGGACAUCAUGUAGACUGGGUCAUUAGUCCCAAAUGGCACCCUAUUCCCUUAAUAGUGCAUUACUUUUUAUGGGAUCUGGUCAAAACUAGUGCACUGCAUAGGGAAUAGGGUACCGUUUGGGACUCAAACAAUGUCUGUCUGUCAAUCCUGUUCCACUGUCUGGCCACAAACAUCCACAUCCCCUCUCAGUCAUCACCAUCACAGAAUUCACAAAGUAGCUUUUGAACCAUCAAGUGUGCUUCCACAUUUAAUGAGAACUGAUUGUAUUGUUUCUAUAGCUCUGUCAAACUGCACCCAUGAAAGCAUUUUUCUAUUUGGUUUUCUUCAUGUUCUUGUUGUUUUUGCAUUGUAUAUAAAACAACAUGAUUGCUGUGAACAGUACACCAUACAGCUGUAACCUGUUGAAACACCAUCUUAAAUGUUCAGUAGUUAAAUCAAUGUCUCUAUUUGAGUGUUGGAGUUGAAGCAUAAACAGUUGGUGUACAUUAAAACACAUCGUCAAUUGAUAUUAAAUAAACGUGGAACUUAUGAAACACGA